AUGUCCUUCGCACCAACUUUACGCCUCUAUGCGAGCCGUAUCGCCGCUCCAGCUGUACUUCGCCCCCCUUUCGCUUUUCCUGCUGCGCGAAGGAUUCACAAUUUCCCUGCUCGCCAGGAUAAGCCUGGAAACUAUGCCCAGACCGAUCCUCAGAUCGAGGUCGAGUACCCAGAAGAUCACGAACUCCCUAGCAGUGAGCCUGUCGCUGGUACUGGUGGUCAGUAUGUGAGGCCCACGCUUCCGACCUUCUCGCUUGAUGGCCAUGUUGGUAUCGUCACUGGUGGUGCACGUGGUUUGGGGCUUGUCAUGGGUCAAGGAAUGGUCUUCUCUGGCUCUAAUCUUGCCCUUGUUGACAUGAACAAGGAGGAAGCAGAGAAGCAGACAAGUCUUCUCAUUGAAGCUUUCAAGAAGGAGAACCCUCGAGCUCGACGAACUCCCAAGGUUACUGCUCACUACGCCGAUGUUUCUGACCCCGUGUCGGUAGAUGCCUGUGUCGCCGAGGUCGUCAAGGAACACGGCAAAGUCGACAACCUCGUCACUUCGGCUGGCUUCACAGAGAACUUCGAAGCCAUUAACUACCCCAUCGACCGUCUUCGCAAGCUUUGGGGCGUAAAUUUCGACGGCACCUACCUCUUUGCUACCUCAGUCGCCAGACACUUGAUGCAGAGAAAGGCCCCGGGUAGUAUGGUUUUCAUUGGUAGCAUGUCAGGUUCCAUUGUCAAUGUUCCUCAGCCUCAGGCACCUUACAAUGCGGCCAAGGCUGCCGUGCGCCAUCUCGCAGCUUCUCUUGCCGUUGAGUGGGCGCAAGCCAACAUCAGAGUUAACUGCAUCUCGCCUGGGUACAUGUUGACUGCAUUGACCCAGAAGAUCCUUGACGAUAACCCGGCUCUCAAGGCAAAGUGGACUUCACUCAUUCCCCAGGGCAAAAUGGGACAACCCCAGGAUCUCAUGGGUCCUGUGACCUUCUUGCUAUCAGAUGCUUCCUCGUAUGUCACCGGCGCUGAUCUCAGAGUCGACGGUGGUUACACCGUUACUUAA